AUGCCAAUCUAUCACAUUGUCCUGUUCAAGCUCAACCCCAACACCGACUCAUCCCAAAUCUCGGAGAUGCGCGCCGCGGGCGACGCAAUGGUCGGUGUCGUCCCGGGCCUCAGGUCCUUCGCCCUGGGCCCGCCGCUUGCAAGCACGGCGCACCGCGCGCAGGGCUUCGAUAUGGCGUUGAUGACGGUGAUGGACACCGAGGAACAGGUGCUGGCAUACGCGGGCCAUCCCGCGCACCUCAAGUAA